AUGGCAGUCGGUGGUGGGUGGCCGCCAGCCACCCAAGGGGUAGGAGGCGACCGACGGCGGAGGGAGGCCGGCGCUGGGUGGCGGUCGGCGUCGGGCGGUGGAGCACGACAGCCGGUAGCGGAGGACGGCGGCCAGUGGAACACGACAGCCAGCGGCGGAGGACGGCGGCUGGUGUCGGGCAACGAAGGACAGUGGUCGGCGGCAAGAGGCGGCCGACGGUGGAUGGUGGCCGGGAGGCAGGCGGCGGCAAGAACUGGCCGACAGGUGGUGGUGAAGGACGCGGGAGGCAGUGGUGGGUGGGGUGCGGCCGGUGUUGGGUGGCGGCAAACGGCGGAAGAUGGCAGUGAGAGGAGGCGAACGGCGAAGGACACCGGCGGUAGGCGGCCGACGGCAAGAGGCGGCCGGCGAUGGCGGGAGGCGGCAAUAGCGAGUGGCAAGGGGAUGGCCAACUAG